AUGCCUUCCUACCCUGGACUGGGGCGUUGGACUCUCCUUGAAACAAUGGGCAAGGGUGGAUUUAGUACUGUCUACCGUGCCAAAGACUCAACUUCUGAAUAUGGAGAGGUUGCCAUCAAGGUACAGAGAAAAUACGAAAUGAAUAAUCAGCAGAUAGACAAUAUGAUCAAGGAGAUUCACAUUCUCGAAGAAGCAGAACACCCAAACAUUGUACAAUUCAUCGAUUCGUUCGAGACGCGCCAAUUUUGUUAUAUCAUCAUGGAGCUCUGCACUGGUGGCGAGCUCUUCGACAAGGUCAUUAAAUUAACAUACUUCAGCGAAGAUCUCAGCAGACAUGUCAUUCAUCAAGUUGCCAAAGCGGUGGAAUAUUUGCAUGGUACUCUAGGCGUUGUUCACCGUGAUAUAAAACCGGAGAACAUCUUCUUCUAUUCCAUACCAUGGACACAACACAACAAAAUUAGCACCCACCUCGACGAAGAAAAGGCCGACGAAGGCGAGUUUGUGCCCGAUAUUGGGUGCGGUGGAAUAGGAAAGAUCAAGCUUGGAGACUUCGGUCUAUCCAAGUUGAUUCAUGGAUAUGGCAAUCAAACCAUGACGCCUUGUGGAACAAUGGGAUAUGCGGCACCUGAGCUCAUUUCCGAUCAAGGGUAUUCCAUGGGAGUCGAUAUGUGGGCUCUUGGAUGUGUAUUGUUCACGCUGCUCGUUGGCUUCCCUCCAUUCUAUGACCCCAACCUCUCCAUUUUGAAGAGACGAGUCACCCGCGGAGAAUAUACCUUCCAGUCUCCGUGGUGGGAUCCUAUCUCGCAAGAUGCAAAAGACCUCGUUUCAAACCUUCUUACGGUCGAUCCCGGGAACCGGUUUACUAUCAAGGAGUUCAUGGCCCAUCCUUGGAUCAAACAAGCAUCAAGUGAAACCAAAUCUGCAUCUGCAACUGCAACUCCAACCCCGGUCCAGACCACUUCUCCUGCCAAAGACUACACAUCGGAUCUUGUGCCUCCCAAUCUGACUGCUGGACACCAGAUUGGUUCUCGCACCCCCGAUACUAUGAAUGUUCGCGAAAUCUUCGACGUUGCAUUUGGCGUCCAUCAACAAGAAGAAGAAAGGAAGCGAAACGAAAGAAUCGCUGCCGAAGGCCGUGCCACACCUAUAGAACCUCCUGUUGCAUUCCGGAAUCGGACAAACCAGGAUUCAUACACACCGACACAACUGCGACAACCAAAUCAAUCGAAUAUAUCGUCUCCGCAGUCAUUGUUUCAACUUAGCUUGCAAAACAGUUGCUUGCUUGAGAAACGCAGACGAAAAUCAUAG